AUGGCUUCCUGGAUCUCAAAUAUGCGUGGUUUUGGCCGCCAAAGCAACAAGACGCAGCAAAACAAGAACGGCACUCCUUCACCCACCAUGCAGAGUCCAGCAAGCCUGACUCCCGGUUCCUCACAACAAAUGCCUCUGUCGCCAGGCCUCUCAGCCACUGCCAUGUCCUUCGAGAACAGAGAACCCAGCGCCGAGAACCUCAGCAACCAGCGACCGCCAUUCUUCUUCCGCGAGCAGUAUGCCAACCUGAUCGUCAAGGGCAACUUCAUGACCCUUGCAGCCAAGCCGGUACUGAUUGAGGAGGGUGAAUGGAUGGCACAUCAGAACGGCAUGCUCAAGAUCAUCCAAGAAGCCGACCGCAACACCGGCGUCCCAAUCUGCAACCAACAGACCUGUCCGGCCAUGAGCGCUGGCGCCAUGACCUACACCUGGCUCGAUGCCAAACGCGAGAGCGUCCGCGUCCCCGCACCGCAAUAUAUCUCCUACGUCCAGAAAUGGAUCGCUGGCAAGAUCACAGACCCCAGCAUCUUCCCAACAGAUACCUUCAUCAGUGCCCCACCAGCGCUGUCCUCUUCAGAUCCCAACAACUGGCUGGGCAAGGCAUCAGGCUUCCCUCCUCAGUUUGCAAACGACAUCCGCAACAUUUACAGACAAAUGUUGCGUUGCUACGCACACAUCUACCACGCCCAUUGGCUUGAGUUCUGGCAUCUGGGUGCCUACAAGGAGCUCAACACCUGUUUCAUCCAUUUCGUAAACGUCGGAAGAUUGUUUGGACUGUUGGGAGACAAGGAGUUGGAGCCAAUGGCCCCUCUUCUCGACAUCUGGCUUGAGAAGGGCUGGAUGGCCNCUCGUCCCACCAGCUCAGGCGGCAUGAGCACAAAGUCGGCCAACCCACCUCAGCAGCAACAGCAGCAACAGUCCAUGAACGCUUAG